AUGGCGACUUCACAGAUUGCAUUUCGCACCCUGAAGGGAAUCGGUCUCUUGGACGCCUCGCCUGUGUACCAGCCUGUUUCAGGCUUCGAGAGGCCUGAAGGCAAUCUUCGUUGCAGCGCUUACUCCCCUUGUGGACGCUAUUUCGCAUGGGCGUCUCCAGAGAGUGUCACCAUCAUUGAUCCCUCUGUUGGCCACGUCAUCACCACGCUUCCUGCCGACAACGUGUUCGAACUGGGCUUUUCCCCACUCGGCACCUACAUCAUCACCUGGCAGCGAUCCUCAAAGGACGAGAACGGAGAUGCCGUGAAAAACCUAAAGGUGUGGAACGUGGCAGUCCAAGCACAGGAAGGCGGAGUCGGGGACAAGGCAGUUGUGGGUCGAUUCGUGCAAAAGUCGCAGACCGGAUGGAACCUGCAGUACACGUCCGACGAGCAAUACUGCGGCCGCGUUGUAACGAACGAGGUCCAGUUUUACAAGAGUCACGAUCUUGCAACUGUGUGGAACAAGCUCCGUGUGGAAGGUGUCUCUGGCUUUGCGCUUUCGCCCGGAAAGACUCAGGCUCUCGCCGUGUUUGUGCCCGAGCGCAAGGGCCAACCAGCCUCGGUCAAGGUCUACGUCGUCCCGCAGUUUCAGAACCCAGUCUCGCAAAAGACGUUUUUCAAAGGCGACAAGGUCCAGUUGAAGUGGAACAACUCCGGUACCUCGGUUAUUGUCCUGGCCCAGACUGAUGUCGACCGGUCUGGCAAGAGUUACUACGGCGAGACGACUCUUUACUUGUUGAGCGCAACGGGGGCUUUUGAUUCCCGCAUUGAUCUUGACAGAGAAGGACCUAUCCACGACGUGACAUGGUCUCCAAACUCGAAGGAGUUUGGUGUCGUGUACGGGUUUAUGCCGGCCAAGACAACGAUUUUCAACUCCCGCGGUGCUGUCACCCAAAAUUACCCCUUGGCUCCGAGAAACACUAUCGUAUUCUCGCCCAAUGGCCGCUUUGUCGUUGUUGCUGGAUUUGGCAAUUUGGCAGGUCAGAUGGACAUUUAUGAUCUGGAAAAGGGUCAUAAGAAGGUGACGACGAUUGAAGGGUCGAAUGCCACCGUGUGCGAAUGGGCUCCUGACGGGAGACACAUUCUGACGGCCACCACCAGCCCUAGAUUGCGAGUCGACAACGGCGUGCGCAUCUGGCAUGUGAGCGGUGCUCUUCAAUACAAUGAAGACAUGACCGAGCUGUACCAAGUUUGUUGGCGACCGCAAGGGUCCACGGAAGCACUUCAGGGCGACCCUUUCCACCCUCUUCCAGUCCCGCAUGCGUCUGCCCUGGACUACCUCGCAAAGAGGAAGACCCCAUCCAAGCCCGUUGGUGCGUACCGGCCGCCCGGCGCUCGCGGACAGACGACGUCUCUGGCCUUCAAGAGGGAGGACGAAGGAGGUGCCGCCUUUAUGAGAGAAGGAGCAACUUCUCUCGGGCCUGCCAAUGGAUUUGGCAAGUCGAGAAGACGGGAAAUUCCCGGCGCUGAGCCCGUUGAAUUUGUACCACAGGGCGCUGCCCCCGGCGGUGGCGUUGCUCUACCUCCCGGGGCUGAAAACGCGGAUGAGAAGCUGUCCAAGUCAGCCGCCAAAAACAAGAAAAAGCGUGAAGCCAAAAAGGCCAAAGAAAUUGCCGAGAAGGACGGCACCGCUGUUCCGGAACUUGCACCCCCAGCUGCUGCUGCUCCAUCACAGCAUCUGACUGCUAGUCCGGACCGUCACCAGCGACCCCGAUCCAAGAGCCAUAAUCGCAACCGCGCGGAGAGCAAUGUCAACAAUAACAAUAACAACAACAACAAUCACCGCACAAAUGGUACCUCGGCCGGACAAGGGAACGGUAACAAGUCUGCCAGCAAUGGCAAAGCGGCCACCCCUCCUCCUGCUCCUCCUCCUGCUGCUCCUCCCGCCCGUCCGGAAUCACCGAUAGGAGCCAACGGCACAUCGCAAGACAAGCGAGUGCGCGGCCUGCUGAAGAAACUACGUGCCAUCGACGAGCUCAAGAUGCGUCUGGCCACUGGCGAGAAGCUGGAAGACACGCAGAUGAAGAAGAUUCAAACCGAGGAUUCGGUGCGUAAAGAAUUGGACGGCUUGGAUUUUGCCGGAUAG